UGCAGGGGCUUUCCGGCAGGUUUUCCGGUUUGUCGACCGUACUGUAAGUGAUGUUUGAAGACAUGGGGGGAGUGAAGGCCUAGUUUGCACUCAGGAAACCUCACCAUAGAAUCACGAUCGUUGAAUUUUUGACUACUGUUGUCAGUUUGCUUGUGCGAGAUCACGGCAAAGAGAGUAAAGACACACACGUACUUUUGAUUUUGCCGAUGUUGUGCCCAAGUGACUGCCAAUGGUGCACUUUGCAAGGCUUUGGCACAAAGCUUGCCUCUCUCAGCAUUGGGUUUGAUUCUCCAGAUUGAUUUAGAUGGACGAGCUCAUCCAGAGGAGGUCUCUGGGCUGAAACUAGUUUGCACUGCACAUGUUUGCAUUUGAGUCUGGAGCUUGCAAUGUCUAAAUUACCUGAGCUGCAGUUCUGAUUUCCAUUUUAGCAUAGCUUGGAAGUCGGUCUCGCUUGCUCUUGAUUUUGCAAAGUGGAAGCGAAACGUUUCCCUCGUUGUUGCUGAGGUCAACACCUUCUAUGCGAAUGCGCUCUUAGUACCUGCGCUUUUCAAACCUAUGCCAGGCCUGCUGUCUGAUUCGCUUCGAUUGAGGGGCAUUGGCAGGCGGCCAGUUUUGGUAUUCAUCCAGAUCUUGUGGUGCGCGGCGCUUGUACAGGCUGCAAAUUCUAGGUCGCGUAGCAGUUAUUUUGUUUUUUACAGUGCCCUUGCAUUGUGUUGCGGCGCAGCAGAAGCCGUGCUUGACGGUGCUUCUGUUGAAUUGAUGCAAGAAUUGGAGCUCAGCGGAGCAGAGGUGCAGGCUACAUCCUUUGCCUUCAAGACAGCAGGCAGCUUGGUGGCCCGCAUGGCAAGCCCACUGACAUUGGCAGCAUUUAGUAGUCAUCAUACUGCUGCGAAAGUAUGUGUCGUGGCUCCACUUGCAGCAGUAGGAAUCUCUAUGUGUGCAUCUUUUCCGGCCAUCCGGCGGGCAGACCGGGGAGCAUCAUCAGGCGUUCCAUGGUGCUGGCAAUCAGGCGUUUUAGCAGGUGCAUUUUUCCUUUUUAUCCGAGGUGCAGUUCCAACUGAGGAGGACACCUUCGCAAGCUUUAUCUCUACGAAGGUGAGUGGAGUCUGGGUUGGAAUCAGAAAUGCCAGCGGCAGCCUUGGUGGCUUCGCAGCGCUAUGCUGCUUUCAGGCGUUGCCUGUGGAGAUCACAAAGAAUUUGCGGCUGACGAUCCUCAUCACAACAUGCCAAGCCGUGUUGGUUGGAGGAGGGCUACGCCUUUUCUUGUCAACAGUAGACCUCAGCAGUUUUCCAUGGCUGUAUGCACUCUGCACAGCCUUGGGAGGUGCAGCGGACAGCUUGGCAUUUUUGCCGAACCUUGCGAUUUGUGCCGACUGCGCACCGAAGGACUUUGGAGCACUGGGCUUUGCUGUGCUAAGUCUCUUUCUCGACCUUGGAGAUCAGGUUUCCUCUAGGCUUGCAGCUCUGCUGACGGAGGCGUACCACAUCGGCAAUGGCAAGGACCGCUCUUGGGCUCAUCUUGGCAGCUAUGUGGUGCUUUGUCGCCUUUUCAUGCUGCUCCCGCUAUGUCUUCUGCUUCUUCCAGGCUUUGGCCGCAAAGGCACCAGCUAUGCAACGGAUAAUAGCAGCCAGGUACCAAGCGGCAUUCAAGCUGCUGAGAAUACAGUUGGGGAGAGCCCCAGAAGCUUUGAUGCCCAACAUGGAGCCCUGCAGAGCUGAGAAGGAGAAGGCUUAGAGAUGCAGAGAACGAUUAUCGAAAAGGGCUUUCAACUAAGAAGCGCUGCUUUUCGAGCAGAUUGAAAGCGGAGUGCUUUGUGUGUUUGCA